AUGGCUUCCGAGGAGCUGUAAGAGGUUGAAAGGAUCGUUGACAAAAGGAAAAACAAAAAAGGGAAGACAGAAUAUUUGGUUCGGUGGAAAGGCUAUGACAGUGAGGAUGAUACUUGGGAACCAGAACAGCAUCUUGUGAACUGUGAGGAAUAUAUUCAUGAUUUUAACAGACGCCACACUGAAAAGCAGAAAGCAAGCACAUUAACCAGAACAAAUACGACCUCUCCAAAUAACGCUAGGAAACAGAUUUCCAGAUCUACCAACAGCAACUUUUCUAAGACCACUCCCAAAUCACUAGUGAUUGGCAAAGACCACGAGUCCAAACAGUUAUUUGCUGCCAGCCAGAAGUUCAGGAAAAACACAGAUCCAUCUCUCUCAAACCGGAAGAAUAUGGACCUAGCAAAAUCAGGUAUAAAGAUACUUGUGCCUAAGAGUCCCAUUAAGAGCAGGACCACAGUGGACGGCUUUCAGAGUGAGAGCCCUGAGAAACUGGACCCCGUUGAACAGGGUCAGGAGAACACAGUAGCGCCAGAAGUGGUAGCCGAAAAGCCAGUUGGAGCUUUACUGAGCCCUGGUGCAGAGCGAGCUAGAAUGGGGAGCAGGCCCCGAAUACACCCUCUAGUGCCUCAGGUGUCUGGCCCCGUGACUGCAGCCAUGGCCACGGGAUUAGCCGUUAAUGGAAAAGGAGCGACAGCCUGGAAAAGGAAAUUUCUUGACGACAGAAGAGACCAGCCUUUUGACAAGCGGUUGCGUUUCAGUGUGAGGCAAACAGAAAGUACCUACAGAUACAGAGAUAUUGUCGUCAGGAAGCAGGAUGGCUUCACCCACAUCUUGUUAUCAACAAAAUCAUCAGAGAAUAACUCACUAAAUCCAGAGGUAAUGAAAGAAGUCCAGAGCGCCCUGAGCACGGCUGCUGCCGACGACAGCAAGCUUGUGUUGCUUAGUGCCGUGGGCAGCGUCUUCUGCUGUGGUCUCGACUUUAUUUAUUUUAUACCGGGUUUAACAGAUGACAGAAAAAGAGAAAGCACUAAAAUGGCAGAAGCUAUCAGAAACUUCGUGAAUACUUUCAUUCAGUUUAAGAAGCCUAUUAUUGUAGCAGUAAAUGGCCCAGCCAUUGGACUAGGAGCAUCCAUUUUGCCUGUUUGUGAUGUGGUUUGGGCCAAUGAAAAGGCUUGGUUUCAAACACCCUAUACUACCUUCGGACAGAGCCCAGAUGGCUGUUCCACCGUUAUGUUUCCCAAAAUUAUGGGAGGAGCAUCUGCAAAUGAAAUGUUGCUCAGUGGCCGUAAGCGGACAGCACAGGAGGCAUGCGGGAAAGGCCUGGUCUCACAGGUGUUCUGGCCCGGGACCUUCACCCAGGAAGUCAUGGUUCGCAUUAAGGAGCUUGCCUCAUGCAAUCCAGUUGUGCUUGAGGAAUCCAAAGCACUUGUGCGCUGUAACAUGAAGGUGGAGUUGGAGCAGGCCAAUGAGAGGGAGUGUGAAGUGCUGAAGAAAAUCUGGGGCUCUGCCCAGGGGAUGGACUCCAUGUUAAAAUACUUGCAGAGGAAGAUCGAUGAGUUUUGAUUGGCAGGCUGCUUGCUGAUGACACUGGAAUUGUA